AUGGUACUGAUGUCUUCGAAAAAUGUUGAGCAAAAGGUUUUCGCUCAACUCUUUGUCACUGUUGUUCUUUACACUUUAAUGUUUAUAUUCUAUGAAGCGGUUGUAUUUUUGAAUGGUAUUCUUGAAGAUUGGAUUGUUGUUAACCUGAUAUCAGUUGUGAAUAUUAUCAAUUACUUGCCAGAAAUCUCACUUCCACUGAUGCUUAUGAUUUCAGCUUUGAAAUUUAUGAAGAAAUUUCCGAAGAGCACAUCUGUUUCAACUUCAAGUCCAUGA